AUGGCAGCCCGAACGAGUCGACCACGAUCCAAGAAGCUGAAAACGAAGCACGUCCCUACCUCCAACAGCGAAGAUGAGGACGAGAAACCGAUCGGACGACCCGCUCGAAGGGCCAAGAAGAAAGUAGUCGCCAAGAAAGAAGAGUCCCCCGCCUCCGCUUCAAGCCUCUCAUCUGCCGAGUCUGACGCGAAGAAAGCCCAAGAGAAAGAUUUCAUCCCCUCUGAUGAUCCCGACGAAGGAUCACCCGAGCUCGAUAGCGAUCAUAUUGACAGCGACGACGGUGACGAUGUCCCCCCUAAAACUAAAAGCAAGAAACGGAAAUCGACGGCCACUGGUGGUAGCACAACCGGCAAUCCUAAAUCUGUUGUCGUCAAAAACAUUGCUCCUGGUCCGACUAAAGAUCAGCUCGUCAGCCCUGGACUCAUCGCCGGCUUCACGAUGGAUCUUUUGGAAAACUUAGCUAAACCAGAAUGCAAUGAUCGAGAAUGGCUGAUUGUAAAUGAUAACACGUAUCGGAAGGCGUUAGAGAAUUGGAAGGAUUUCGUGGAUCUGUUAUGUCCCAAAAUCGUGGAAUGUGAUUGGACGAUUCCGCAACUACCAGCCAAAGAUUUGGUUUAUCGAUUACAUCGAGAUGUAAGGUUCUCCAGUGAUAAAACGCCUUACAAAAAGUAUUUCUCAGCUGGAUUUUCGAGGACGGGGAGGAAAGGGCCAUGGGCCUUGUAUUAUUUGCAAAUCGAACCGGGUGAUAAGUCUUUGGUUGCAGGUGGUAUUUGGUGUCCGGACAAAAACCAAUUGGCCACAAUCAGGAAUUCAAUUAUGAGGAACCCUAAGCCUUUGAGAGACGUGAUUAAUCAUAAAGAGUUCACUGAUAUGUUUGGGAAACCUUCAGGGAAACCUGGACCAUCAGAAAGAAGGAACAUUUUUGGACAUAAAGAUGAACUGAAAAACUGUCCCAAGAUGAAUGGAGUUGAUAAAUCACAUCCUGAUCUGGAUUUACUGAAACUCAGGUCGAUUGCGGCAACUAAAUUCCCUCUGCUCACCUCUCGACCAUUAUUAAUUACUCGUGCCUCUUCCUUGAAAAAUGCUGAACUGAAUGAAAUAAAACAAUACAGAUUUCCCGAUGAGGUGGUCAUGUCGAGCUCUUUCAUGGACGAAAUCGCCAAAGCUGUCAAGGCCUUGAGUCCAUUAGUUCAAUGUUUAAACGAAAUGAUAUUGCCCCAAUCCGAUGAUGAAGAAGAAGCCUGACCAAAAAAAAAAAAAAACGCCCUACCGAGAAAACCAAGGAGCCUACAUAACUAAAUAUUCAUCUCUCAUUCUUGUUACAAUAUUCAAAGGAUCGAGAAAAC